UCGCAUUCUCGCAUGUGAACAAAAAUAUACUUUCGAUACAAUCGCUUAUAGAUGUAAAAGUGUACAGGUAUAUUAAAAAAAAAAUAGUAAGAAGGAUAUUAUGUCACUUGCUGCGAAAACUACUUUUGUAUUAUGUUGUGCAACGACAGCGUGGAUGGUAGGUUAUGUGCAUUAUCAACAAGAAGCUGAGAGACGACAGCUUCGACUAGGUGUAGAACGCGAUAUUGAACGUCAAGAAAGCAACAAAUUAAAAAAACUGCAGCAGGAAACGCAAUUGGUGGAGCCAUUAGUAGAAGCAGCAAAACAAGGACCAAUUCUUCGAACUACAUAACGUGUAAAUAUUGUAUGAUGUAUUGUACAUGUUGUAUUUAUUUCAUAAUAAUUGCAAAGAAAACUGUCUAAUUUUCGUAUCUUUUGUAUUAA